CACUCCUCUACGUGUUCGAAGUAUCUGCUGUUUGGUACGUUACGAGUACACAGAGUCAUAGCCAUGGAACUGCUGUGCUGCGAGACCACGGGGCCAAACGAGUGCACUGCUUACCCGGACCCGGCCAUUCUCGGCGACGAACGUGUCCUCCAGAACCUACUCAGAAGUGAGGAGCGCUACGCACCCUCAGCCUCGUACUUUGGCUGCGUCCAACGCGACAUAUCGCCGGUUAUGCGCAAAAUCGUCGCCGAGUGGAUGCUCGAGGUGUGCGAGGAACAAAAGUGCCAAGAGGAGGUGUUUCCGCUGUCCAUGAACUACCUGGACAGGUUCCUCAGCAUCUGCCCGAUCAGGAAGUCGCAGCUCCAGCUACUCGGCACCGUAUGUCUGCUCCUCGCGUCCAAGUUGCGCGAGGCCAGGCCCAUUUCCGCCGAACAGCUCGUACUCUACACCGACAACUCCAUCACGCUCGACGACCUUUGGAGGUGGGAGCAGCUGGUGGUGUCGAAGCUCAAGUGGGACUUGUCGGCGGUGACGCCCAACGAUUUCUUGUUCUACAUAAUCGCCCGUCUACCCUUCGACGCCAACUACUGGGACACGAGGAUGGUGCAAAGGCACGCGCAGACCUUCAUUGCUCUCAGCGUUAGAGAGUACAAGUUCUCGAUGUACACGCCAAGCAUGAUAGCCGCAGCUUCGGUAGCCGCUGCACUACACGGCCUCGACUGGACCAACAAGAGCGGCUACAACCUCGCCUGGCUACUCAACGAACUGACGCGCAUCACCGGCAUCGAGCAGGACUACCUCGUGAGUUGCCUGGAGCAGAUCGAGGAGAUGGUGCGGACCGGCUGCGACAGCGGCGCCACGACACAGGCGAGCGGCAGCGGUGCGACAACGACGUCGUCCGGCUCGACGACAGCUGGCACGAGUGGCUACCACCACCACCAACAGACCGAGUUGGGGGAAGGUCAGCAGCAGCUGGGGAACGACGUGGAGAUGGAGAUGACGGCCCAGGAGAAGCUCGUCGAGUACGAGAAGGCGAGCACGCCGACUGACAUUAGGGACGUGCACUUUUGA